AUGAUUCUGAAGGUCUUGGUGUUCUUCCUGUGUGUCCAAUUGGUGGAUUCGUGUCAAAUAAGAUGUCGAGCACGAGAAUGUGAUGCUGGUUGGUCGUACUACAAACGAAAUACAACUGGAUGGUGUAUGAAAGUGUUUGUGGGAACUGUCAAUAUGACACGAGCUGAAGCAGUGUGUUCUGGAGUUGGAGCUGUGAUGUCAUCAAUCGAUGACGUGGAUAUGUACAAUUUCACCGCAAAAUUGCAAGCUUCUGCGAGUUCUAGCGUCUCCUGGCUUGGUGCAUUAUUGAACACUGAUUGUGAAUGUGGAGACUAUGAAUGUCCGGUAACUGAUAGUUGUGGUCCGAAUGGAUAUUAUUGGACUGACGGCUACACAACUUCUAAUGAUUUCCUUUUGAAAUAUCUCGACGUGGCGCAAGAGGUUAAAAAUGGCCAAGACCAUUAUUAUUUUAUUGGGGAAGGGGUGAAUCUUUAUUAUUCGGGUGAGUUGAGAAAUAACAGUUUUUUUUUUGAUUUUCGAGAAGUUUUAGGAAUCGAAGUGGCUUCUUCUUAUGAAACUACCGAUUCGGUGAUUUGUGGGAAACAAUCCAAUAAUUGA